AUAUUAACUCUGCAUCGUAGCGGGAGGCCCUAUUUGAGCUAAAUAUCUGAUUCUGCCAUAAUUGCCAGUUACAUGGUAUAACUAAAUAUUGCUAAUGUGAGCCAGAAUGAGGCUGUGAGGUAUGAAAUGUUGGCAGCGCAGGACACAUUCUACCCAGAAACCCAAAGGGCUAAAGCAGUAAGUAGCAGUACCCAGCAACUCCCUGCGAAAAGCGAGCUGGUGAAGUGAACGGCUGUAACAUACACACGUUACCUACCUGUUGUGAAUUUAUGAAAAGAUGAGGUGGCGAAUAUCAUUCAUAUCUACAUCAUGGUCUAUGUGUCUCAUUCUUACUGCAUUCUGCUCGUCGGUAAUAGACGAACACAGUCUUCCAUCAGCAAUGCACCGGCAAAUCUCAGAUUCAAUAUAUGGAAUUGUGUUUGACGCUGGAACCACCGGGACACGGAUACACGUGUACACUUUCACCCAGAAAACUACAGGGUCUCCACUGCAGCUUCUUGGGGAAGUAUUUGAAUCUGUGAAACCUGGACUUUCUUCGUUCGCUUAUCAACCAGAAAAAGGGGCAGACACUGUGCGCAUGUUGCUCGAUCUGGCACAGAAUGUAGUCCCUGGCACACACUGGCACCGCACACCUGUAAUCUUUAAAGCAACAGCUGGUCUGAGACUCCUCCCUGAACACCAAGCAGAAGCCCUGCUUUCAGAGGUUCGCCGCAUUCUCCGGAAAUCUCCUUUCCUGGUCCCUGAUGACAGUGUCAGUAUAAUGGACGGAACAGACGAAGGAAUAUUGGCGUGGAUUGCCGUGAACUUUCUGACGGGUCGCCUGAAUGGCCAUCACACGGUGGGGAUAAUAGAUCUUGGAGGGGGGUCCACUCAGGUCACCUUCCUACCACUCUCUAAGGCUACCUUCGAUGAGACUCCACCAAGAUUUCUAUCUACGUUUGAACUAUUUAACAGCACUUACCGCCUCUACACACACAGUUAUUUGGGGCUGGGGCUGAAGGUGGCUCGACUGGCAAUCCUCGGAGCGUCUGCUUCUCAAGUCCAACAGAACCAAACAUUCCGCAGUCACUGUCUCCCUCAAGCGUUUAAUUCUGAGUGGAACUUCGCUGGAGUCACAUACAGAUAUGGAGGGAUGUCCGAUGGAAGCACUGGGUUCAGUGCUUGUUAUUCUGAAGUUCUGCCAGUUGUGAAAGGGAAGGUCCAUCGUGUUGCAGAAAUUCUAAACACGCAAUUCUAUGCCUUUUCGUACUUUUACGAUCGUGCUGCGGAAUGUGAUUUGAUCGAUUACACGGAGGGCGGCACUGUGGAAGUCAGAGAUUUUGCUCGUAAAGCCGAAGAAGUUUGUGAGAAUAUGGCCAGAUACUCCUCUCUCAGUCCCUUCCUGUGCAUGGACCUCACAUACAUUUCUGCAUUACUACAAGAAGGCCUCGGCUUUGAGGACCAGACUCCUGUGCUGUUAAGAAAGAAGAUGCACCAUGUGGAAAUCAGCUGGACCCUGGGGGCCAUUUUACAAGUUCUAUGGCCUAUGCAUUAGUGACACAAUGGGCAUCAUCAGGAGGCUUGGCUGCCAGUGUCUAUACCCUUAAAGCGUGUCUGAGCACCGAUACUGCCCGUGCUCUCUUUCUAUCACUUCCCGUGCAGCUAGACAGACAUGCAGCUUAUUGGAACAUUCUACCACCAAUGCAUGGAACGCUCCCAUUAAUGCACACUGCCCAUCAUUUCUAAUGUCACAGGACACUGUAUGUGUGGUGGGAGGAGUGCCACAAGAAGAGGUUAUUGAGAGUAUUUUAUGUUAUAACCAACUGAUAAUCAAACUAUUAAAGUCAUUUAUAGAG